AUUGCCAAAAGUAUUGGGACACGUCCAUCAGAUUGCCAGAUGGAGAAGCGUGAUUUGUCACUCCAGGGAACACAUCUUCACAUCUUAGAGUCCAGUUGCGGUUGGCUGAGUUGCUGUUGUUCCCAGUUGCUUCCACUUUCUUAUAAUACCACUGACAGCUGGCCAUGGAAUAUUUAGUAGCAAGGAAAUUUCAUGGAUGGACUUAUUGCACAAGUGGCAACCUUUCACGAUACCACGCUUGAACUCACUGAGCUCCUGAAAGCUACCCAUUCUUUCACAAAUAUUUGUAGAAGCAGUCUGCAUGCCUAG